AUGGAGUUCCGAGGCUUUUCAGAGUCCAGCCAAAGACUACAGCCGCAAGUCGUGCUGCAUACUAUAUCUGAUGACGGGCUGUGGUUCAAAUUAGCUCCUGAAGAAGGUUGUGAGGCGAGUUGGCAUGAGCUGGAUUUAAUCCACAGCUCAUGUGUGACAGAUGCCAAGACUGCUGUCGUGUCAAUCGGAGGCGGAUUCGAGGUGCACUUGGUUGCUAUGUUAGGCAAUCGCCAGGAGCAUCGUAAGAACCACAGACCGUGCUUCUGGGGAUUUCUCGUGAAGGAAGGCCAGUUCUCGGCCUGCUUGAAGAUGUUGAACCUCCGCUGCCUUGCUGUGGUCUUCGACCUCGAUGAAACUCUCUUUGUCGCCAAUACAAUGAAAUCAUUUGAAGACAAGAUCGGUGUGCUGAGGCAACGGCUAGCAGCGAACAGUGAUCCGCAACUGGCUAAGCUUUUGGCAGCUGAGCUGGGUCGCUACGAGGAGGACAGGCAGAUCCUCCUUCAAUACUACGAUACCAACGCUGUCAUGCUUGACGGGAAGUGCUACGUGGCUCAGCCUGAAGCCGUGACACCAGUGGAGGGGCAAUCUCUUCCUGCCACUCGGCCUGUCCUCAGGCUCCCACACCAAAACAUUGUUCUAACAAGAAUCUUUCCAGAGAAUCGGGACACUAGUGUGCUUGUCAGAAUGCGGCCAUCCUGGGAAGAUUUGCGGAGUUAUUUUUCCACCAAGGGACGGAAGCGGUUUGAGGCCUUCGUGUGCACAAUGGCAGAGAAGCAGUACGCUUUGGAAAUGUGGAGGCUGCUUGAUCCUGAAGGAAAGCUUAUUCAACCGAAGGAGCUGUCAGCCCGUAUCAUCUCAGUCAAAGCUGGCACAUUCAAAUCACUACAAAAGGUGUUCCACAGGAACGAUUGUGAUCCAAGAAUGGCAGUCAUUAUUGAUGACAGAAUGAAUGUCUGGGAGGAAAGGGACCAGCCACGUGUCCACCUUGUUCAACCUUUUGCUCCGUAUGCAGCACCCCUGGCUGAGGUCAAUCUGGCUGUUCCUGUCUUGGUCCAUGCCAGGAACGUGAUUUGCUAUGUUCGAACUGACUUUUACAGGGCAAUCGAUGACUACUUGAGCCAAGGAUUGGCAAGCAUGUCCCACGAUGCUGAGUUGCAUCAGCUCCCACCAGUUCCUGACACGGCAAUAUUUGUGAAAGGUGCUCCAGUGGACAAUGGGGCAAUAGAGUCCAAGGAGCAGCAACAGUGGGUUUUCCAGUAUCCUGGAGAGAAGCCACUUGCUCAACCAGGUGCACAAUUGGAUGUACCUGACAGAGGUGCUCCUCGUUUUGGGGGUCCUCAUCUAGAGAGAGUGCAAGGAAGUUUGGUCCCAUCAGCAGCGGCUCAGCCACCAGGGCCUUACGAUGAUUCAGAGGACUUGCCUUUGUGGCAACCAGAAGCAGUUGCACCAACUGAGCCUCGAAAUGCACAGUCCAACCAGUUACCGGCUGCAGAUGUCUUGUCAGGUACUGCAAGAGAUGGUAACGCAGGUGAAGUUCCAGCGAAACCUCAAUCCGAGGAGGUGGAGGAAGGGGAGCUUUCAGACAGAGAAGAUUUGCCUUCUGAAUCAAAGAAGGAAGAGUCAGAAACAGAUUUGGAGUUGGAGCGGCGUCGACGGAUGCUUAUUUUGCAGCACGGAAUGGAUCCCGUGCUGGCUUCUCCAAGCAUUUCACUUCCUCCAGGCUUCACGUUGCCUGGAUCGUCAGCCUCUCCAGUUAUUCUACCACAGCCCCCACCGCAAAUGCCUCCUCUCUGUGACUUGUCCAGUGGUCCGUCUAUUGUACCUCCACAAGCUUCUGUGCCGCCUACAGUUGCUGCACCAUCUCCUAGACCAUUUCUGAUGUGGGAGGUCAAACCUUUAGUUGAACCAUCCAGUCUUGUGAAGGCUGUUUCUGGGGAGAGCGUCAGAAUACAAGAUGAGAGCCCUGCUAUCAGCCCUCCUGGGUUUGGCCCUCCAGGGUUCACCACUCUCGGUUCCCGUGCACAGACUCGUGAUCCACCGCUGAUCAGCUCACCAUCUAAAAAGGCCGUGCUGGCGUCCAUGAAACGGGUGAGCAGCUAA